AUGAAUGAGUGGUAUGACCGCAAGGCUGAGUGGCGGGAAUUCAGUCCAAGUUCCAGGGUCCCUUACCUCAUCGACAAGCGAGUUGGCGAGACGGACUACCUGGUGAGGACCCCCGACCGAAGGAAGACCCAUCAACUGUGCCACGUGAAUAUGUUGAAGCCCUACUACCGGUCCUCUGACGCUCCAGCUACUGCUCUCCAGGUAUCUGCUGCUGGUACAGUAACCGAGGAAGACCCCGUUGUUGUCCCUGAUGGUGUGUUCGACAUGGAGGAAUACAGCUGGCUGAGUAAUGACGACGCUCAGUCUUGUCUGCAGGAGAAGUUGUCCCAUGUUCCUCCCUGCCCAGUUGGCUCAGCUGUUGCAUCUGCUGAAGCGCCACCCGUCAGUGUUUGCCAAUACGCCAGGGAGGACUACCUGGGCCUAUCACGAUGUGGAUCGAUUGGAGUUCGCCAGUUACACUCCAACCCAACGUCCGACGGUUCCAUCCGGUUCUGUAUUGACUACCGGAAGCUGAACACUGUGACCAAGGUCGACUCCUACCCUUUGCCUCGUCUGGAGGACUGUAUUGACCGAGUGGGAGCGGCUCAUUAUAUAACAAAGAUAGACCUGAAGCAGGGAUUCUGGCAAGUUCCGCUGACUGACCGUGCCAAGGACGUGUCCUGUUUUGUUGUUGACGGUCAGACUUACAAGUGCCAUGUGAUGCCGUACGGUAUGAAGAACGCUCCUAGUACCUUCCAGAGGUUGAUGAAUGGGGUCGUGAGUGGUUUGGACCAUACCGUGGUGUACAUCGACGACGUGGUAAUCUUCACCGACACUUGUGAAAACCACUUGCUAGAACUGGACAAACAGCAGAAGCCCAUCUAG